GAUAUACCACAUCUCACCAACAUGACCUCAUACAUCCCCUCCCUCACGCUUCCGAGCUUUCUGUUCGAGAACCCGGCAGCUGCAAUUCUUCUGCCUGUGGCCUGCGGGACCGCGAUUGGCUUUUCCAUCAGCCCUUCUGUUACUCAAGCAUCGUACAAAGCACUCAGACAGCCUCCUCUACACCCUCCUGGCUGGGUUUUUGGGCCGGUAUGGACCGCCCUGUACGCAACGAUGGGCUACACUGCCUACCGAGCAUGGACGACUGGCGCGACUUCUAUCAACCCUCAAACUGUGGCCCUGGCUAAGCAGGGAGCAACUCUGUACACGAUUCAACUGGCCCUCAAUCUCAUCUGGACACCUCUGUACUUCGGCCUUGGACGACCAGUGGCUGCUACUGUCGAUAUCCUCGCUCUUGGCGGCGCUGUGGGCUACCUUGCCUACAUCUGGGGCCAGGUCGACCCCACGUGUGGUUGGCUGCUUGCACCCUACCUGGGCUGGCUCAGCUUUGCUACCUACCUCUGCGUAGGAAGUGGAUACUUGAACGACUGGGACUUCUCCAAGGCCUUCAAGAGGGACUAAAUGGCUACAGUGACUGCACGUGUCAGACUCGUGAAU